AUAUAAAUAGUGAAAGUAUUAAAUUUUAGCUACUUUACAAACACGUUUUAAUUUGGGAUUAACUUAAUUGUUAUUGUGACUAUACUAAAAUCUUUGUCUUUUUAAUGAUUUCAAAAUAUCUUUCAAUCAUACACAUAAAGAUCAGUGUUGAUAUAUUUUUCUUUAAAGAUAGCUUUUAUAUAUAUAUAUAUAGUUUGUAUGAAAUUUUGAACAUAUAGCCAAAAGCAUAUAGCUUGAACCUUUGAAUAAGAUCUCAACAAUGUCGAAACCAACAAGGAAGCUGCAGGGGAAGGUGGCUCUCAUAACUGGAGCUGCCAGCGGUAUCGGGGAAGAGACGGCAAAGCUAUUUGUAGCCAAUGGUGCUUUUGUUGUCAUAGCUGACAUCAACGAUGAAGUAGGUCAGAAAGUGGUUACGUCCAUCGGUGUCGACCGAGUUAACUUUCAUCAUUGUGAUGUGAGAGACGAGAAGCAAGUUGAAGAAACGGUUAGCUAUACUAUCGAAAAACAUGGCCGCCUCGACAUUCUUGUCAGCAAUGCUGGCAUUGCAGAGACACCCUCUUCAAUUCUAGAGCUUGACAUGUCUAACUUCGACAACGUAAUUUCGACCAACGUUCGUGGAGUGGUUGCAACGAUCAAACAUGCUGGACAAGCAAUGGUGAAGCAGAAAAUACGAGGGUCGAUCAUCUGCACGGGGAGCACGGCAUCAGUAAUUUCCUUGAAUAUAUCGUUAACGGCAUACACAAGCUCAAAGCAUGCGGUGUUGGGGGUGGUGAGGUCGAGCUGUGGGGAGCUAGGGACGUAUGGAAUAAGGGUGAACUGCGUGUCACCGCACGGGUUGGCAACGCCGCUGACUUGCCAGAAUUUUAAAAUGGAAGAGAGUGAGGUUGAAGAGUUUUUCAGUUCACAGCCGAGUUUGAAGGGUGUGGUGUUGAAGGCUAGCCAUAUAGCAGAGGCUGUUAUGUUUCUUGCAUCAGAUGAAUCGGUUUACAUAAGUGGACAAAACUUGAUUGUAGAUGGAGGCUUCACUGCGGUCAAAUCAUUAAUGUAAUGUCUUUAAUACACUCCAAAGAAUCUUGAUGGUUAUUCGGCACGUAAGUGUUAAUGUGCGUAGGCCGGUAAAUGCGCGUAAGUGUUAAUUUGCUUUAUCUUUAAGUUUAAAAUAAGAGGCACAUAGUAUAUAUCAUCCUUGUGAAGUGUACGAAGAUAUAGAACAUUCAGUACCUGAUCAGAUGAUUGAUGAGAAACUUGAUCGAGGAGAAGAUCUUCAUUAGUAGCACUUUGAAUCAGUGUAAUGAAUGAGGCACUGAUUAAGGGGUAGAUUUUAUGUGACUGAAUUAUCCUCAUGUUUGGUUUUGAUAUAAACUUGUAAUCUGUUUGAAUAAUUAGCACCAUAUAGAGUAAAUGUUGCACCGUAAACUCUAUACUAUAUGUUAUAAAAUUAUACUUAUAAUCUGAUUAAUUAAUAAAAUUUUAUAUCGUGGGUAGAAACCCCAGAAA